UCGAAAAGCUAAAUAUUUUUGUCUUUUGUAAAUAAAUAACAUCAAUUAAAUUAUUCCCUUAACUCAUUUAUACAAAGCUGUGUGAGUGAACACGUUUUCAUUUACUCAGUUGCGAUCACUGAGCAAGUAAUUGUUGCAGUAACUGUAUUUUCGAUGGAACCCAGUAUCAAUAAAUUGGGAAAUGAAUAGAAGUGAUAUCAAUGAUUUUAUACCCUCUAUUUUAAAUCCACGAUCGAUUAAAAAAGAAAGAGGGGAUUUAACACUUACACAGAAUUCUGUUACAAGCCGCUGCUCAUUAUCGCUUAGAAGAAGUAAUGGAUUAACCAAGUUGAAUACUGUAAACAAGCCUCCUAAAGAUAAGGAAAAUCUUCAAAAUACGCAAAACCUUAUACAGGAGCCAAUACAUGUACAGGCAAAAAUAAACAAUGUUGUUGAAAAGGAAAAUUAUCUUAGAAGUGAAGAAAUAGAGCAUGAGGGAAGCCUAGGCUUUUCUGCUAUUGAUGAUCUGAGUACAGUACAACUUAAUUCUAAUUUAAGUCCUAUUAAGAAUCCUCAUAAUGUAGAACCUGUAUUAAGUAAGAAUGAUCUGAAUAAUGAUGAUAAUGUAUUAUCAAUCUCAUCUGCUACUGAUUUAGUUGAUUGCAUGAGUAAUAAUGAUGAGACCAUUGUAUAUGAAGUCCAUAAUGCAGCUAAACCUACUAUAUCUGUCUCUUUCGGUAUUAAUAACUGUAACGUACUUGAUGUAAGUACAAAUAAAAGUAAUCUCAAAAGGGUACUAGUCUCAACUCACAACAAUGAUGCUACUGUUGACUGUGAAAUCGUAGAGAGCUCACAAAUUUCCGUCGAAAGUAAUCUAGACGAGAAUAUGAAUGAAGCCUCUUUCCAAAAUCCUUUCAAAAGAUCUGAUAUAGCUGUCAAUUUAGAAAUAAAAAGGAAAAAGCUGUCAGAUGACUCCACAGAAAACUCAAAAGUUCUAAUUUUGAACACAGAUGCCAUUGAUAAACUCUCGCACGUCAUUAUCCAACCACCAAAUUAUAAAUUAGUGAAACGACAAACUUUACAAAGGAAUAAAAUUAAGAGCAGUGUACAAAAAAAGUUGAUCGCAUCUCCGCGUAAGAAUGGGAAAGCUGGUGAUAGUUUGAAGCAGAGAUCUAUUGAAGACUACUGGCCGUGUAAAACCAAUGUUUUGAACUCGUUGAAAGUCACUGACGUUCGUACUGUUGCGGAUACAAAUGGUGAUGUUGUAGUUCGUGAUGUCAGACAGGACAUGAGCAGAAAUUCAGGUGUCAUUGACGCCGUAAAAUGCGACCGUAUUGCCAGAGGUUCUUGCAAGAGUCGUACUAAUGAAUCUCCGAAAUCUGCCAAACCUACGUCCAGAAGGGGAAGUGAUUCUCCGAGGCGGCAAGAAAUUAAAAUCUCUAGCUCUGACGCACCACGCGUGCCUUCACCUAGGUCCAGGAAUGACAGUAUAAGCUCCCACUCGCCGAGAAAGAAUGUGGAUUCGAUCCAGUUCAGCUUGCCUCCGAGGUCGAAAUCAACGAAGACAUCUACCGUAACCACCCGAAAUAUCCCACACUAUAAAAUAGUUGCCGGUACACAUUUCGCGGUAGACGCCUUUUCUUACGGGGAGAUCCCUAAUGUAAAGCAUUAUUUUCUUACUCACUUUCAUUCGGACCAUUAUUCAGGGUUGAAGAAAGGAUUUAAUAAAUUACUGUUUUGUUCGAGAAUUACUGCGGACUUAUGCAUAUCUCGGUUAGGCGUCAGUCCGAAAUGCAUCCACGUGAUAAAUCCUGACGAAUCCAUUCGCGUGGAGGGCGUCGAGGUGACAGCAGUCGAUGCUAAUCACUGUCCUGGAGCACUGAUGUUGGUGUUCACUUUGCCAAACGGGAAAACGUUAUUGCACACCGGGGACUUCAGAGCAUCGCCUGUCAUGGAGUCCUACCCUAUUUUCUGGAACAAAGACGUUCACACUGUGUACCUUGAUACCACGUACUGCAACCCACGUUACGACUUCCCAACCCAAGACCAAAGCUUAGAAAUGGCUCUCUAUUUGCUGCGUCAAAAGAAGGCGGUUUUAGAGAAGGCAGGAAAGAAAUUCUCGUCAGUGCUAAUAGUGUGCGGCACAUACACUAUUGGCAAAGAAAAGUUCUUCCUCGGCAUGGCCAGACGCGUUGGUUGUUCAGUGUGGGCGUGUCCAGAAAAGGAUCGGGUUUUACAAGCGGUGGAAGGGCGGAGUUUCAGCCACGCCCCUCCGAACUCCUGUCAACUACACGUGGUGCCGAUGAGGGAUCUGACUCAUGAGAAACUGCGCAACUAUUUGGACAGUCUUCAGGGCGCUUUCAAUGAGGUGGUGGCCUUCAAGCCUAGUGGGUGGGAGAAUGGGAAGAAUUCCUCUGUCGAGAAAGACAUGGUCACCAUUCAUGGUAUACCCUAUAGUGAACACUCGAGUUUCUCCGAAAUGAUACGGUUCGUGAAGUUCUUGAAACCGAAGCAGGUGAUCCCGACAGUCGACAUCUCUGGAGGAACAAAAGCAGUUCAGAAGUACUUCCCCUGCCCACUGGUGCACAAAGAAGAUAUCCAAUGCCAAAGCAAAGUGACCGACUACUUUAGCAUACAGAACCGACAGCAAGUGCCUGCCGUUACCUGAAUUAAGAUUUACAUUCCGAUGAAGUACAAUAAGCUGCCAUUACGUGACUGUGAUGUAUUUUGAUAUUAUUAGAUUUUAAUAUUUUAUUAAACUGUUGAUUGGUUUGUAAUAUAAAUGAUUUAAAAAAA